AUGGCUCCGAUACGAUACAGCUUACAUUAUGAAGACUAUUCAGAACAUUUGAUGUCAAGAUUUGGAAAGCUAUUGCAAAUGCAAGCCUUAGUGGAUAUGACGCUUAUGUGUAGUUCACAUACUCUUCGUGUUCACAAAGCUGUUUUGGCAGCAAGUAGUGCAUACUUUCAAGACGUGUUACAAAAACAAACAGGAGAACCGCUAAUCAUAUUAAAAAUGAGAUUUGGUGUAAUGAAAUGCCUUGUAGAAUUUAUGUAUUGUGGCAAGACUCAAUGCCCUGAAGAAAAUUUGGAUGAGUUGGUAUCUGCAGCACAGUUUCUUAAAAUAAAGGGUUUGUCGAAAGUCACUAAAGAAGGCCUUGGAAUUACAAGCACCAGUGAAUUACCCGUGUUUACCCCACCAGUGGUAAUUAAUCGACCGCCUCAGUCGUUGAUUGAUUUACAUUCUCAGGACAACGUUGACAAGGCAUUGAAUUCGAUACCAACUACUAUCCCGACUGGUGAAAAUCGGACUACCGCUAAUGACACUGUUGUGCGCAUACCAUUUGAUAUCGAAAACAAAGGCAUUAACGGCGGAGAUUUUGAUUUGCGAUCGGUCCGCCCGCGAAGAGGUCGCCCUAGUUUUCGUUCUGGCGCUUGGGAUGGAAGUGGCGUCCUAGGCCGAGCUGCGGAAAGAGCUUUACUUCGACGUGAGCAGGAUUCGCGAAAAGCUAUCCACCAUUUAAAAAGUUUACAGAGCCGACAAAUGCAGGACUACAUGGACAGAACAUUAUCCCAAGCUGUAAACAGUAUAUGCGAACCGGAAUCAAAUUCAAACAGCUACUUGAAUAUGGAUAGUGAUCUCAUGUAUAUGGAUCAAACUACCUCUUCCAAUGUCCUGGAUCCAACAAUAUCAUUUUCUAAAGAAAACUCGUUAGGGAAUGAAACCAUCACCUCCAGCUACACUACAACUACAAGUGACACAAACAAAAAUAAUAAUGAAAUAAGUUCAGCCAUGUCGCAGUAUGUAAAUGCGCUAAAGAGUGCUGGACUUCCAACAGAUCUACCUAUCCUCUUUGAGUCGGGUGACGGGUCUUACAUAAACGUUAACGAACAAGUUCUUUUGGACAUGGUUCAAAGCAGUGAAAUACAAUACGAAGUCAUUGAACAACCUAACAUUAUUGAAAAGGUUGCUGACCCAAGUGAAAUUAAAAGCAUUGAUGAUUUAUCAAAAUCUAUAGAGCGAGGCGAAAUGCUUAUAGGCUCCAACAAUUAUACGUCAAAUAGUAAUUUUGAUAAAAAUAACAUUGGUCAUGACGAUGCAAUAAACACUUUGAACGCUUUGUUACCUGAUGGUUUAGAAUCAUUCAACGAACAACAAAACUAUGUGGUUUUGGACAGUGGCCUUCGAAAUGGAACUAAUAGUAUUGACAACGAAAGCACAAAUGAUUUUUCAUGUAUCGAAAACGAUAUGCAGUACUUUACUAAAUCUAUGAGUGAAGAUGUAAAAAAAUAUUAUCAAGACCAACAGCUCAACGAUCAUAGAGGGGUAGAUCAACUGUGUCCAGUGAGCAGUUCUUUAGAUACAAGUUUUAGUAUGUCUUUAUUAGACACAAAAGGUUCUCAGUUGGGUGAAGGCAUGUCCCAACAAUAUAAUCCUUUAAGUUCAGAAAGAAACGAAGAUUGUUAUGACUUCAGUUUGCAGCUAACAGAAUCCACACACUUUAAAGAAGAUGAAAUAGAUUGUUUAAUUUCUGCACCGAAGCAAUCUAAUGAUACAGAUAGAUUUAAUCAUAAUGAAAGAACUCAGGAACAAGACGAAAUAAUGAAAGACUUAAUGGAUUUAGAGAGCAAUAUUAACGAUGUUCAAAACGAUUCGAGUGAAAUUAAUAUAGAGCAAAAUAACUCAAAUAAUAACGUUGAUUUCGAAAAUAUGAAAUGUGUGUUUAAUGAGGAAAACAGGGAAACAAAUACAGCGAUUGAUUCUAUAAGCGAUAAAAAUGAGUUUACUGGAACUAUUCCCGCUGAUUUAGAAUGGGAUAAAGAUACAAUUGAAGAUAAUAUUGAGUCAUUGCCACUGAAAAAUGAUGAAAUGAAUAGUGGUAAUGACCCUGAAACUUUAAAACGUGCUACAAAUGAGUGGACAGAUAAAAAUACAGCAGAGGAAGAGCGUCGUGACAUAUGCCCAACAUUAGACGAGAAUAUACCUUUUGCUGUUGGUUUACUCCCAUUAAAAGCGCAAAAGCAAAGAGAGGGCUCAGAUAUAUGUAAAAAAAGAAUGAAUGAAGAUGAUUUAAGUAGCGUUGAUGCAAAAUGUUUAAAGCGCAAAGUAAAACACAAAAUUAUGUAA